GCCUUUCACCCCCACAGUCCUGCUGCUUUCGGCACAUCCCUUCCGACCAAUCCUACAACGAACCAUGCGAUACAUCCGCUUCCUCAAAAGUCCUCGCGUAGUCGCUGAAAAGGGCACGUCGAGAAAGCAAGUCCACUGUCUGGUUACUAUCACUUCAGACCUGGGAGAUUCCUUUCUCCCUUACGAUCUCCAGCUAGCAGCAGAGUUGUCAGCAACCACAGAUGGGUCAGAAGAAAGCGUGAUAGUAUGGUCGACCGUGCAAUGGACAGCCGGCAUGCGCAGUUUGCCCGUCACUUUCCCGCUCCCUAAAUCUCAAGCUUCUCAGUCCAGUUUGCGAGUAAGAGUGGGUGGGGAGCCGAAACGAACACACGAUGAUUUCGCUGCCAUAGCAGAAAAAGGUGCUCGGGGUGUUGUAUCUGCCUGGAGCCCACCUUUCGCGUCAAACCAAGAUGCUCUGAAAUUGGUUGAAAGACGGUUCAAGCUGCCAGAUGGACCCAUCACUACUAUCUGGGAGGAGACGGGAGAAAGCAUAGCGAGGCAUCUAUGGGACGCUGGCAUCACUCUCUCAUGCCAAAUAACCGCUCUCGAUAAUCCAAAAUCCAGCUUAGCCGAAGCUUUAUUACCAUAUGGUCUUGCAUCCGAACCUCAUCUGAAUAUCCUCGAACUUGGCACUGGCUGCGGAAUGGUCGGCAUUGCAAUCGCUCAGACUGUCUCCCACUCCAAAGUUCUCUUGACCGACCUUCCUGAGGCUAGAGAGAUCGUUGAGCGUAACAUCGACUCGGCGGUCAAAGCACCAGGUGCAUCACUCGCGUUCAUGGAACUGGACUGGAAUGCAGAGUUACCUGGCGAAGUACAGUCUAGCUCAGAACCUCUCGAUCUUGUUCUCGCUGCUGAUUGCACGUACAACCCAGACAGCAGCCCCGCAUUAGUCAAAACGCUUACACGGCUCUCCAGAGCAAACCCUAGAGUCAGGAUUGCCAUCGCAAUGAAAAUGCGCCACUCAAGCGAAGAAGUAUUCUUCAAACUAAUGUUCGAUGCAGGAUUCCUAGAGACAGACAAGAUGGAGUUUCCGUUGCCAGGAGAUGUUAAAGUUGGCGAGGAGACUGUGUACUUGCACGUCUACUAUAGGGCAUUCUUUGUCCCUACCUAGGCAGGAUGUCAGCUGCCUUGGGUAUCACUAGGUACUUUCCCCAACUCUAUGAGUACCUCGUCUAUCCAUCUGUCAUCCCUUGAAAUGUAUGGCAAAAGACGUGUAUAAAAACUAUUAGUCAGGGCGUAUUGUAGGCUUACAAGGCUGCUGCAAGGUAGCCAGCCUGCUCGUGUCGUACGACAUCAAACCCAGAACAAGGCACGCCAAGUCCGUAAAACCCAGACGGGAUUUAUCGCUCUAGAAAGUCUACAUCAAUCAGUAAAAAAAACACACAACUUCCAAAGAAAUCAACAUGCGUCCCCAUCUCAUCUCAUCUCUACAAUAUAAACCCGAACAUAUCAAUCAUCACACACCCUCGUACCCACUCCUCAGCCUUGCCCGUCCCAAAUCCAACAUCCCAUCACACUGACCCCCACACCUUUUCCUCUCCACCCCCUCCUCAAGUCAAAUUAUACUCCCCGAAGCUGACCACCCUAAACCUAC